AUCGAGGUCGUUCCUGUCAAGCGCCAACGCCGCCUGUGCUUCGACCAAGUGAUUAAAGGGUGCUGAUAGAACCAAUACUAGACAGCAGUCACUGCCACGCAAAUUUCUUGACGUGAGUAAGCUCCAAAGUGCUCGUUGGGUGGCUCAUGCAAAAAGCACGGAUGAUCCGUGGAUGAUCCGGGAGCAACCAAAUGGAUCAUCCGCGGGCUGGACCUGAGCGCGCCGACGCGAGGACUGUAGCCACGGCUUUUCAGUCGCUUAUGGCUACCACCUUUGGUAGCAUCCGACAGAUAAAUAAGCUGGAUCUCACUGUUCGAUCUGAAAGUCAUACCCAAUAACUACCACUUUACAACAACCAACUCACAAUUCUACUCAAUACCAUGUCGGAAGCUCCGAAGACAACUGUACGUGCCUGGCUGGCACUGGCCGGAGGCGCAGUCGCCCUCUUCUGCACGGUCGGUUUCCUCAACGCCUUCGGUGUCUUCCAAGAAUACUAUUCGACGUACCUGCCCGGACGAUCACCCUCCGACAUCUCAUGGAUCGGCUCCCUGUCGAUAUUCCUGCUCUACAGCAUCUCCCCUCUUGGAGGAACCCUCGUCGACAAGAUGGGCCCUACGAUUCCGCUGUGCGUGGGCAGCGUCGGGCUUGUGCUCUCGCUGUUCAUGACCUCCCUGUGCACUCAAUACUGGCAGCUGAUACUCGCACAAGCCCUUCUUCUCGGCAUCAGCGCGUCCCUCGUCUUCUGCCCCCCUCUUGGUGUUGUCAUGCGCCACAUGCCCCAUCGCCGCGGGCUAGCAAUGGGUCUGACGGUUGGAGGCUCCUCCAUUGGUGGCAUCAUAUGGCCCAUCAUGUUACAGCAGUUGCUCAACAAGGACGGGGUCAGCUUCGGCUGGACGAUUCGCGCCAUAGCAUUCACCAUGAUCCCUCUCCUGGCCUUCGCUUGCGUCUUUGUCCGCGAGCCUUCCCGCAAGCCUCCAGCCGCGCCGGCCACCACCAUAGCCGUAAUUGAAAAGACCGCCGGGCAGGCCGCGACCACAGACGAGCCCGCGGAGGCGGGGAGCAGCACCGACGAGUCUCCUUCACAAAAGCACGUCGAGAGCAGGACUGCGUUUCUCCGAAAGCCGGCCUACAUGUUGCUCUGCGCGGGGCUCUCCCUGACGUGCCUCGGGCUGUUCACGCCCCUGUUCUACAUCAGCAAGUACGCCAUCGCGGAAGGCCAGCCAACCUCUACGGCCUUCUACCUCCUGGCUGCCGUGAACGCGGCCUCGCUCUUCGGGCGGUUGGUGCCGGGAUACCUGGCAGACACACUCGGGCACUUCAAUCUCCUGAUCAUCUCGACUCUGAGCUCCGGACUGGUCGGGUUCGUCUGGACAAAGGCAACAACUCUGGCUGGUCUGAUUGUGUGGAGCAUGGCCUAUGGCUUCACCUCGGGCGCAGUGAUGAGCCUCCAGGGUGCGUGCGCAGGCAAGCUAGCUCCCCCACAGGCCCAAGGCAUUGCGGUUGGCGUCAUGAUGGGAUUUCUUUCUAUCAGUUCUCUCAUUGGAACACCGAUCAGCGGGCAGAUCCUGUCUCGCGCGGGAUACCUUGCCCUGUCUGCCUGGACUGGAGCGACCUUGCUGGCCGGUGGUGCCGUCACCGGCGCUGCUCGGUUCACGGUGCAUAGAGAACUGCUGGCGCGGUACUGAUCCGUGCGGACGUCCGCUGCAAAAGCACCGAGAGUAGGCAGCCUGAGCAUAGGCAGCCUGGGCGAUAUGGGCGGAUUUCAACUCCUGAGUGACAUACGUCCGCUCUUUCAAAGGACGGAUAUACCCUCAUCCGGAUCGAACAAGUUACCAUGUAUUAGGUAUUAGACAAAUAAUUUCACCUGAAGAGAUCUAGUCUCAGGACAAUCAGUAGACAUCAAGCUGGGGCUACAAUAGUAUACAACUCAUCCAGUAGCGCUGAAUUGCGUACUUGAUCGGGUUUAAUAUCGGAGUAUCAUACCUACUCAAA